GAAUUCUGAAUACAAUCUGAACAGUGAAAUUGCGCAAGAAAAACUGUUUUCAUUACAUAAUGAACAUGAAUUCUAUAUUAGUUUUAUUAUUUUUAAUUUACUUAGCACGUGUUUGGCUAUAAAAUUAACUUCAAAUCCAUUUUACGUUUGAAUACUUAUUGACUAAUCGUAGUAUAUAACUAAGAGCUUCCAUUGGAGUUCUUCUACUUAACUGACUUACUGUUCGACUAUCGGCUCAUAGCGAGCAACGGUCACCCCAUGUAAGCGAUACCUAGGCUUCGUCUGUAAUCAUAAAUCCUGGAAUUGAAAUCUGUGUGACUUAAAUAAUACACGGGUCGCUCUCUUUAAGUUUGCGACAAGAUAUAGUGUUCAGUAAGUCAGUAUUUCGUUUCUUGAGUCAGAUUCAGUUCCAUCCCAUUUCCUUCUUGAGACAAUGAGAGUCAGUCAGAUGAGCGAGACGUUCUCCACCUUUCAUGGAAUCCGAAAGCCCACAAUCGGGCUCAUACAAUUUUAACCUGAGCCUGUGGAAUCCAAUCCACGAUUUUGCACUCUGCUUCUUUAAGACCAAGGUGUCUGUUAAAUUCUCUGAGUGCACUUCCGGAAUUACUGAUGAGGACACGAAAUACGCCACAGCAAACGGACAUCUUGCACAAGACAUGGCGCUGAAUGGAAGCGUGCAUAUGUUUGCAGCGAACGGCACAUCGCCAAAGUGGCUGUUCUACAAGGGUGAAUUCAAUCUUGACGUCCAGACAUACAGCGCACAGAAUCUCUCGGAUGUUCGUAAAAUUGUGUUCGAUAUUUCUUAUAAGCUGAAUAACAAGACAUUCUGCCUACAGCUGGAGGAGUAUCGACAUAAUUUUACUUGAGUCUAUAUACGUCAUAAGAAUUUUAAUUUUUGAUUUAUUUAAUAAUAAUGCCCCUCAUAUUUGUUGUAUAAAAUAAAAGACAAAAAUAAAAGUUACAUUUCAUACCUAGCAAGAGAAUAUAUCCUCCUAAGGGGCCGGAAUAGCUCAGUCAUAUUAGGAUGCUAGCUGGAUGACUGGAGAAUCGGAGUUUGAUUCCAGGCGAAGACGAGCAUUUUCUGUUCCUUACAUCAUCCAGACCGACCCUGAGAUCCAUCUAGCGUACUAUUUAAUGGGCUCUUUCUCCCGCGGUAAAGUGGCCGGGACAUGUAGCUGAUUACUGACCUCCACCCACUGGCGAGAUUAAGAAUGCGUGGAGCUCUACCUCAAUUACUUAAUACGUCUUAAUGACCUUGUGCUUAAUUAGGCAUGUGGGCAAAUUUACCUUCGCAUUUACCUAUUAAGAGGACAUGGAACG